AUGCAAAAACCGUUGUCAACAGCCGAUGUGCCUUCUCAGUUCCUCCAGGCGGCGUUCAUGGUGGGCCAUACGCCACUGAGGGCACUGAAGUCCGAUCCACGCGUUUCGUACUCGCUCUACAUACCACCACAGCACUACGACACAGCCUCAAUUAAGAAGCUGCCUCUUCUGGUUUGGAUACAUGGCACCCUCCGAAAAAUGGGCACACUUUAUUCUAAUGAGAUGGUCUCCUUUGCGACCUCGACACCUUGCGCCAUUCUCGCCCCGUUAUACCCUAGUGGUCUGGACGGGCCAAAUGACUUGGACUCGUACAAAACGCUGCGCUCAAAGUCACUCUCUUCAGACCUUGCGGUGUUAUCUAUCCUGGAGGAAGUCGCGGCUCGGUGGCCAGGGAUAGAGACCGGCAAGAUCUUCAUGAUGGGAUUCUCAGGGGGUGGCCAGUUUGCUCAGCGAUUCCUCUAUCUCUAUCCUGAAAAGCUACUGGCUGUCAGCAUUGGAGCACCAGGACGUACAACAAUGUUAGACCCAGACAAACCAUGGCCAGAAGGCAUUGCAAAUGUGGAGGAGUUGUUUGGCCGACCAGUGUCGACAAAACCUAUUCAGCAAGUGCCUAUCCAGCUGGCUGUCGGAUCUGAGGAUAACCAGAUUCAUGGCAGCGAGGAAUUCUGGAACUGGGUGGGAAAGCUGACAAGAGGCCAGAAAUCUGGAGAUUUAUCGGCGAUGAGACAGGGAAGGCUGCAGACGCUGCAGGAAUCGCAAACGGCAUGGGAAGCGGAUGGUAUCAAGAGUCAGUUGGCGGUUGUAGAUGGUGCCUCCCAUGAAGCUGAUAAGGUGCGACCGCAUAUGCUGCAGUUUUUGGAGCCCCUGAUCCAAGAAGAAUUUCGAAAGGGAGACACAUGCUAG